AUGAUGGGCAAGAUCAUCUUCUACGAGGACAAGAACUUCCAGGGUCGUUCCUAUGAGACCAGCUCCGACUGCCCUGAGUUGACCUCCUACCUGAGCAAGUGCCACUCCUGCAGGGUUGAGAGCGGCAACUUCAUGGUGUAUGAUCGCCCUAACUUCAUGGGAAACCAGUACUUCAUGAGGAAGGGAGAGUACUCUGACUACAUGAGUAUGAUGGGAAUGAGGGAGUGCAUCAGGUCCUGCCGCAUGAUCCCCAUGCACAAAGGAAACUUCAGGAUGAGGAUCUACGAGAGGGAAAAUUUUGGAGGUCAGAUGCACGAGAUGAUGGACGACUGUGACUCCAUCCAGGAGCGUUACCGUAUGUCCGACUGCCAGUCCUGCAACGUGAUGGACGGCCACUGGCUGAUGUACGAGCAGCCCCACUUCAGAGGCAGGCAGAUGUACAUGAGGCCUGGAGAGUACAGGAACUUCAGAGAGAUGGGCAUGGGAAUGGGCGGCAUGGGCAGCAUGAGUGGCAUGAGGUGCAUGAGCAUGAGGCGUAUCAUGGACAACAUGUCUAUGUAA